UUUCCUCUCUCAAUACAUAAAAACUGGCGUAGCUUCUUCUCUGUGCCUUUGCAAGCUGCAAAGAGAAUUGUUCAUUAUUUUGGAACCAUUUGCCUUUACAGUCAGUUACGCUGACUGGGGAUUUCCGCGGCCCGUUACACGUUCUCUGACAUAUACGUUGUAACUCAUCACACGAUCAUGCCGGACCUCAAUUAUGGACUGUUUAUUAUUCUUCCGGCUCUCGCUGGUCUCGCAGCACAUCUAGGAUAUUUCAUCCAUGGCGAACAUCAUAUGCAAUCACUCCAAUGGCUGCUCACCACCCUCUUCUCCCCGCUGGUAGUUUUCCUUACGAUCCUCAAGUUUGAUGUCGCGUCUUCAUAUGUGACGGCGCUGAAACUCACAGCCAUCAUUCUCACUUCGUUCUUCACUUCGUUGACAGGAAGUAUCCUUACCUAUCGCGUAUUUUUCCAUCCGCUACGCCAUUUUCCAGGACCGUUUGGUGCUAAAUGUUCGAAAUUGACUCAUGUGGCGAGAUUGCUGGAGACAAGUGAUAAUUACCUGCAAGUUCAUACUUUACAUGAUAAGUAUGGGGAUAUUGUGAGAAUCGGUCCUAAUGAACUCUCUAUCAUCAAACCGGAAGCGGUGAAAGCAAUGAUUGGACCGGGUUCAAAAUGUACUAAGAGUGCUUGGUAUGAUGUUGUGGGGCUUCCUCAUACAACUAUGCAUCUAGAGCGAGAUCGCGUAAAGCAUGACAAGAGGAGAAAAGUUUGGGAUCGUGGAUUUAGUGCAAAGGCUCUACGCAACUAUGAGGGUCGAGUCACGAGACAUGCUGACGAUUUGGUUUCUCGGAUCAGCACUUUUGGAGGAAAAGCGAUUAAUGCAACGCACUGGUUUAAUGCCUAUGCGUUUGACGUUAUAGGAGAUUUGGCAUUUGGGAAAUCGUUUGAUAUGUUGAAAACGGGAGAAAAGCAUUUUGCGCUCAAAAUUUUACAAGAAGGCAUGGAGCCAUUGGGAAUCCUCACACCUAUUCCUUGGGUCUUUCCCAUCCUCAUCAAGAUUCCAGGUGCAAUGGAUGGGUUCAACAGAUUUGUUAACUACUGUGCUGAGCAUAUUGAUAUCCGCAGAGCAAAUGAGCCCAGUGUACCAGAUAUCAUGACAUGGCUCAUCGACGCCGAGAAGAAUGAUCCAGAUCCAAUCCAUAGAGAUACCAGAUGGCUGCACGGCGACUCACGUUUGGCUAUUAUAGCCGGUAGCGAUACUACAUCUGCAACCCUCACAUACCUUUUCUAUCACCUCUGUCUGGAACCUCAUCACGUGGCUAAAUUGAGAGAAGAGCUCGAACCGAUAUUUACUCCUGGUUCUCCAAGCGAAUGUAGAGAUAUACAAGAUGCGCCGUAUCUGAAUGCCGUCAUUAAUGAAACGCUUCGAUUACAUCCACCUGUUCCCAGCGGUUUACUAAGACAAACACCGUCUGAAGGUCUGACGAUCGAUGGCACAUAUAUCCCGGGUGAUGUGGUUAUCUCGGCUCCGACGUGGACAAUGGGACGUUUAAAAUCCUGUUACCCCUCUCCCCACACCUUCCUCCCCACCCGCUGGUUCCCCGACGCCCAAAACGCACAAUACCUCCUCGAUAAAUCGGUCUUCACACCUUUCAGCGCGGGCAAUUACUCAUGUAUAGGUAAACAACUUGCGUUAAUGGAAUUGAGAGCGGUGGUCGCGCGGAUGGUGAUGCGCUUUGAGAUUGAGUUCGCGGAGGGAGAAAGGGGAAAGAAAUUGUUGGGCAGGGAGUGGGGGGUUGAGGGGAGAGGAGAGGAGAUGGGUUUGGGCUUGGGCUUGGGAGGGAAGCAGGAUACGAAAGAGGUCUUUACGUUGGAGUUGGGGGAGUUGAGGGUGAGGUUUCGGGAGAGGGGAUGA